AUGUCGGUAUUUGCCUCGCUUCUUCAAGAUGCUCAUACGGUCCCGCAAAGCCCCUACAAGGCUGACCCGAGCAGAGCUUGGACAGUGACGUUUUGCCGGAGCACGACGAAGUCCGCCCACCCUGCUACCAUUGAUAUCGACCUUGAGGAUGUCCACAGAGCGGCUCCGACGAUACACAUGCUCUCAAACAGUCACGCCACAAAUCUCAGUCUGCGUUUCUCAAGCACGACCGGCCAAUACUCGGCUUUGAUCGCCGCCCUCCGGAUCUUCUAG